AUGCUCAUAAUCAGCAAAAAAUUUCGAAGCGUUCUUCACACGAAUGCGUCGCCGCCGUCCCUGCGUUCAUUAGAAGUUUCUGAAAGGGAGGGAGGGAGAAUUCCGUCCGCUCGCCCUGCUUUCUGGAGUCGCUGCCUGACUCAGCUUUAUCCAGAACUGAGUAAGGGCGAGCGGGCGGGCGCACAGCGAAAUAGAAGUUUCUUGCUCACUGGCAAGGACACCCUGGUGGGCAAGUGCUACUGCCGAAGGAUGGCGGCCGCGGUGAGACCUCUGGCACCGGUGCACUCGCGCGCCGUAACCGAACUCUGCCAGAAUUCCACAGAAACGUUUUUAGAGGCUUCCCGUUUGCUGCUUACCUAUGCGGAUAAUAUCAUCAGGUGAGAGGGACGGACGGGCCCAGCAAACAGCAGUAGCGAGGGUGGAGACGGCUUGCGCCUGUCUCUUCGCGGAGGCAGUCGGGACACGACACCCAAAUGAAGAAAAAUACCGGUCUAUCCGGAUUGGAAAUCAAGCCUUUUCCACUAGAUUGUUGCCUGUCAGAGGAGCUGUUGAGUGUCUGUUUGAAAUGGGAUUUGAAGAGGGGGAAACUCAUCUUGUGUUUCCUAAGGAAGCCUCGAUUGAGCAACUACGCAAAAUUCGAGACCUAAUUGCUGGGGAGAGAAAUAGCCGAUUAAACGGAUCAAAUCAAACUGAAAGGUCAGGAUCCUCUCGGAGGGUAACAAACAUGCAGCCUGUUGCACUUCAGCCAUCAAGAACUGUUGAUUCCAGUCAGGAGCCAACUUCUCAGUCUGCUGUCAUGACAACUGAAUCAGUUUUCUUGAAGACACUUCAAUCAAACUUUCUGCAUGUAAUGAUAUAUGAGAACCCUAGUUUACAAAAGAAAGCAUUGGCUUGCAUCCCAAUCCAAGAACUGAGCAAUAAAGCUCAAGAAAAGCUGGCACAAGCAAGGAAAAUGGACGGAGGCUCCCUGGUGAAUGAACAGGAUAUUCUGUUGCUGGAGCUCCUGAACUGGUUUAAAUGUGAUUUUUUCCAUUGGGUAAAUAACCUUCCGUGCAGCAAAUGUGGGGGCCAGACAGAAUCUAAAGAUAAUUUGUCACCUAGCGAUGAUGAUCUGAGAUGGGAUGCGAGUAGGGUUGAAAAUCACUUCUGUAACCAAUGCCAGUUUAGCAACAGGUUUCCAAGGUACAACAAUCCUGAGAAACUUCUGGAAACUAGACGUGGGCGUUGUGGAGAAUGGGCUAACUGCUUUACCCUCUUCUGCAGAGCUGUAGGUUUUGAAGCAAGAUAUAUUUGGGAUGCAACAGAUCAUGUGUGGACUGAAGUUUAUUCUUCAUCCCAGCAGAGAUGGCUUCACUGUGACCCUUGUGAAAAUGUCUGUGAUAAACCCCUUCUCUAUGAGAUUGGAUGGGGGAAAAAACUCUCCUACAUUAUUGCAUUCUCUAAAGAUGAGGUUGUUGAUGUCACUUGGCGCUACUCUUGUAAGCAUGAAGACCUGCUCUCAAGAAGGACACAGGUCAAAGAAGCAGUGCUACGUGAAACUAUCAAUAAUCUUAACAAAGUGAGACAGCGAUCUUUGACUGAAAGAAGAAAAAGAGAGCUCUUAGAACGAAUCAUUGUGGAGCUUGUUGAGUUCAUUUCUCCUAAAAUUCCUAAGCCUGGGGAACUUGGUGGAAGGAUAUCUGGAUCGACGGCUUGGAGAGUCGCCAGAGGUGAAAUUGCUUUAGAGAGCAACGGAGCAAUUUUUAUUCCAACUGGAGAAGAGAAGGCCUCUAAGCUUCUCCACCUCAGAUACAAUAUAGUAGAAGAUUGUUACAUGCGGAUAUCCAAUAAUAAUGAAAAGAUUAGUGGCUGGGAAAAAGGUGUAUGGAGGAUGGACUCUCUAUGGAGAAAGGUUGAAUCAGACUGGAAAAUGGUUUAUUUAGCUCGGAAAGAAGGAUCAUUAUCUAGUUACAUCUGCUGGAAGUUUGAGUGUGGCUCAGUUGGGCUAAAAAUUGAAAACAUUUCAAUCAGAACAAGCAGUCAGACAUUUCACAGUGGAAGAGUAAGGUGGAUGCUGCGCUCUGGAAACACUGUCAUUGAUGUAAAUGGAGAUAAAAGUCUUCACUCUUAUCCUGGUAUUUCCAACGUAACAGAUGUUAUCUUGGAAGCUGAACUAAGUGGAGGGGAUGGUGAUAUUGCAUGGCAACACACACAACUAUUUAGGCAAAGUUUAAAUGAGGGCAAGGAUUGUUUUGAGAUCAUUUUAAAAUUCAGUGAUCUUUGAAUAUCUAAAUAGAUAUUCACAGAAGACAUCUGUAUCAAGCAAGGACUUCUGUCAUAAAAUAUAAAAAACAUAUGAACUCUGUUAGAAGAUCUUGCCCCAGACAUUGUAUCUUUCAUAUGACUGUUGAGAACAAACAUAUUUUGUUAAUGUGAAACAUAAAGAAAUCCUGGAAUCUUGUACGUGUUCCUUUGAAAACAUGCACCAGACAUGUCAAAGGGGAAAAGAUGCAGCAUUUUGCAUUUAAAAAUGAAGAAAAAUUAAGGCUGCAAUUCUGUGCACACUUACUUGGGAGUGAACUCCAUUGAACAAAGGUUUACUUCUGAGUAAAUAUGCUUAGGCUUGGCUUGCAUAUAAUUGAAAAUUAAUAUUUUCUGAUGUUUAAUCUACACUGGAAGAAGUUUUUUAAAAUUACAAUUGAAUGAAGAUUUUAACUACUUUUAACUUUGGAUUUUGGAAUUGUUUCUUAAAAAUAGCCUCGUGAUGUUUGAGUCUUCUGCUUGCUUGUAAUUUUAUAAUAGGCAAUUUAUUGCAUUCAUAAUAUUAAAGUAAGAUUAUGGAACUGUGGAAUAA